CGCCUGUCUCCCACAUCCGACAAUGCGCUCGCUACUGUUGACCGUGCUUUCGACGCUGGCCGUGCUCCUAGCAGCCAUCGAAGCUGUCUCGCCCAACGCUCCCAACCUCGAAGCCGUGACGAAGAAUCGGAAGUACACCCUGACGUCUAAAAUUCAACCAUCGUCGGCUGAAUAUUCCGUCAAUGAAAAGAGGAACUUGCGGACUGACAUCGGAAACAUGGGCAUGGAAGCUUUCAAGACAGACGAUGAAGAGCGACUGCCCUCUAUCUCAACAAUUGUGGAGAAAAUAAAGGCCUUUCUCUAUGGAUUCAAGCUCGGGUUUUCUCCUAAAACAGAGUCAAAGCUGGUGCUGCGCUACGAGGAAAAGCUUUUUACCAAGAUUUACAAUGCCAAAGAGACGCCUGAAAGCCUAAGAGCCAAGUAUAUGGGUCGGAGAGGCAAUGUCGUAAUCGAGAGAUUUGAUGCCUGGUACAAGAAAAAGGUUGCUGCAAACGAAUUGGCACCCAAUUGAGGAUGACUAGACAAGAACAGUUUUUUUUUUACUGCGCGAGCAAUAUUGACGGGGGGAAAUUGUUGCAAACAUGUUUUCUUCAAUUUUGUAUACCACAUCACAGAAUUGCAGCCCCACGAUGUUCAUAGAAGUCGAGUCAUUUGAUCAUCAGAAAACGUAGCAGGGUAGUUUAAAAAAAAA